AUAUUUACUCACUCUUUAGAAUAAGAAAAACAGAAGAAAAAAACGUUUCACUUCUUCGUUUUGCUUGUGCGUGGAUUUUCGCCUGUAUUUCAAAGUUCAAACGAUUUAAACUUGCAAUGAGCAGUAUAGCCUUGCGCCUUGCCAAUACAAGUUUUGGCAUUUGGACAGUAAUGUGAAUCUGCAGGGAAAACUCCGGUCCUGUCUGCUGUCUGCUAUUUCCUUUCCUUUCAGCAGAUGUACAAUGUUAUUGUUGUCAAUUCCGCGUUUUCCAUGAAGCGACUUUUUCACAUUAAAAGGAAGAACAAUUCAUUUUCUAGGAAAUGAUUUCAAGGACUAUUCGGAGUUUGAUUCCACCAUUCACACUCAUCACAAAGAAGCACUGUUUUCCCCUAGUUCAAUGUACAGUGUCGAGGUUUAUUUGUGACCGAGCUUUCCUGAAGUUGGAUAAUUAUGACAAAGAAAAGGAAAGGUUUGCAUCGAGAGUCAGUAACAUGGAGUCCUUCUGGCUUCGACUCUUGUCAGAGAAUAAUGUUUUUGAAGAGGACCUCAAACUGGCAUGGAUUUUAGCCAAAGAACAUGAGUUAUCAACAAUAGUAGAGUUAUCAGAGAAGUACUUUGAAGAAACAUCUCUGUUCACUUCAUUCAAAUUUGGUCCUGUAAUGAUGAGGACAUGCCACUAUUUAAACAAACCACUACUAGCUUUAGAAAUUUUUAAGAACCCCAAAUUUGUGAAACAAACUGAUGAUGCCAUGUCGGUUAUCAUUCUUAUGGACUUGUUGAUCGAGACUGGAUAUUUUGAAGAGGCAAGCUCUGUUUAUGAAUUUUUGUGUGAUAAGGAAUGGUACUAUGUUCUAAGACAUCCAUUAGUUCCGAUGCUGUAUGUGAUUAGUCUUUACAAACAGGGCACAAAAGAUGCUUUGGACAAGGCCUUACUGUGUUGUAAGAAACUUUAUGUAAAUCCUAAUUAUAAGGGAAAAGUAGAAACCAUUGUUGCUGGUUUUGCUUUAAAAAACAAAUCCAUAAAUACUGCCAUAUCACUGGUGGCCAGGAAAGUCAUUGAGUCAGAAUUGGCAUUCAACAUUAAGGUUCAGGGUCAUGUUUUGCUGUCUGAAUGGGACAGAGUAUUCAGAGAUAUUCAUAAUGUAAAACACCACAGCUUGUAUGAAGAUACAGUUCAGUUGAUACUCAACUCCGGUAUGGACAGAGCUAAAACUAAUAAUCUGAAGUGUUUGAAAACAACAGUUGAGGAGAGAAUUUUGGCCCCUCUGACAUUAGGAGACAACAAAGAAGUAAUGACACCCAUCAAAAAGAAAUUUUAUAAUUAAUAAUAAAUUUACUAUCCAUUCGUUA